AUGCCGUCUGGCAGGAAGACGUUACACUUUCUGGUGAGCGCCCUGGUCACCACGGCAGGGGCCGCCGUGCUGGGGUAUGGGAUGUCAGCGGAGUGGGCCAUUUCCAAGAUGGAGUGCUCAGCGCAAGGCAGCAGUUUCUUCAAUGGCUCGGCAACCGUGCAAUUAGGGCUUUUCAACGGCUUUCUGAUAAAAAGUGACUGUCCCAGCUUUGGCAGCACAGAUAAGCUGGAUGUUUUGAAGAAACUGGGGGUGGUAGGGGGUGCCCCUCUCAUCCUCCACGGCAUCAUCAUAGGCCUCUUAGCCCUCAGUUUGCUCAGCUCUGCGUGCACUAUCUUGAUCACCCUGUACAACAGCGUCAGUAACCCCUACGAAACUUACAUGGGACCUCUGGGCGUGUACACCUGCAGCUCCAUCAGUGCAGUGCUCAGCUUCUUGGCCCUCAUUCUGUUCCUGGUGAACAUGCUCGUGGUAGGUGUGCCUCAGGAACUGGUGCAGGAGAACGUGGCUGUGGAGCUGCAGAACGAGAACGUGACGAUGCAGGUGGGUUUCUACAUGCUGAUCCCCUACCUGGUGACCAGCCUGUUGGCCAUACUGUCCGUCUACCUGUACGAGCACAUGGCCUACACCCAGAGGAAGGAGCAGCAGCGGCCCACAGAGGACGCACCCAAGGAAAUCAUGAUGUACUAACCGUCUAUGUCCGCGUGUUCAAAAACACCCCAGCGCGGAGAGGCACUCCCCUUCUUUCCC